GUUGUCGCCGAGUACGUUUCGUUGCUAACCGCACCGAAACAGCCGACGUAGUUUUGGAAUAUAUUUUAAAUUUGGUUUGGGAGAUAGUACGUCUUGUUAUUUUGUAAUUCUGUGAUGAGUACACAAGAUUUAGAUUUAACUCGACGCCAUGAAGAGUUAUAUGGCGAAUCGCGGAACGCGCUCGCACGGCGACUUCAGUCUGUAUUAACGGCAGAUCAUGUCAGAGACCAUGUCAAACACUUGAACAGACAUGAUAGUUUGGACAAUGAAAGCGAUUUACGAUGGAAAAGUAUCACCAAAUGGAAUUUCCAGGGGGAACAACUCGCAAAGGACGAUGGGAUAGGCAAAAUGUCACCUAAAGCUCGGAAGUCAGCCAUGCUGAAUAAUAUGCAUUUUGACUUUGGUUUUGACACCACAAACAUUAAUGACAAUAUUUACAAGUCAUCCAUGACCCAAGCUGACUUUGGCUUCAAGAAUGUACCUAAGCCAUUUGUGCAUAAACCAGAUGCCACUGUCAAUAUACCGGAUUUUGCACCUCAAUACUUGAGUGAUAAUUUGUUUGCAACUAGUUUGUAUUCUAAAACAUUUCAAGACAAAGAAGCAAUGCAGCGCCCUCUACUGCAAGCAAGAACAAUGCUGCGUCAAAGUAAUGUUGAUGAUCUACGAACAACGCAUUUCAAAUUCGGAAGUUCAUUCCCAUUUAUCACAACAAACCAUCGUGACUUCAAUAAUAGACUGUACUCAUUUAACACUGCUGCUAUUGAAAAUGAAAGCAUGAAGUCUGCACUGCCAAGUAUUAAAAGUAGUUGUGGUAGUGGAAAACAGUUACAGUUUGCAGAUGGAAAGCCACAAAAUAAGUAUACAUCAGAAGUACUGUUGUUAGACCUCAGAAGGCAUGUUUACUCCGAGACACUAAUGGGUAAGAUUGUAUUAUGGAGUUAA